AAACUUUAUAAGCCCCUACUUACACUUUACAACGCGACGGUGUUUCCUUAAACAUAACUACUUUUCUCUUCUGACCGCCAAGAAGCCACAGCAUCUGAGUUUUUAGACAUUUCUUGGACUAUUAAAUUACAAUCUAUCAUACCCAACCAGCAAAACAAAGUCACAAUGGCACGACGAACAACACCCAACGUCCCAGAUGCAUGGGAAGAUGACUGGGAGGUGCAAGCUGACAAGGCCGCCUCAGCUGAAGAAACAAGACAACCAUUACCACCACCAGCACGACAACCACAGCCCAUGAGCAAAGCAGAACGUCUUGCAAAGCAUGCCGAAUCCAACCGUAAGCUCUGGGAGUCAGCCGAAGCACCCCUGGACACAUUCCACUACCUCGCCGCCCGCUCCGACCCGCCCCUCGCAACCGGCUUCAAGCCCGCCGUCAAGGUUCUCAGCCGCAAGCCCGCGCCGGACCCUUCUGCGGGCGGUGCCGACGACGACGAAGACGACGAGUCUAAGAAGGCGCCCCAGCUCUCCCCCGAGGAGAUGCUCGCCAAGCGCCAGCGCGAGCGCGAGGAGAAGCAGCGUCGGUACGACGAGGCCCGAGCCAAGAUCUUCGGCACCACCACCACCCCCAACAACGCAACUGCCGGCACGGGACUAGGCACAGGAUGGGGCAACUCGAACCCAUCCUCCGGCACUUCUACGCCCGGCGCCGUAACACCCCCCUUACGCUCCGCCGAUGGCCGUGGGCCACGAGGCAGAGGGGGGAGAGGAGGGAGAGGGGGCGGGGCACCGCACAGACGCAACGAGAGCCGCGGAGAUCGAGAUCGAGAUCGAGACAACAACAACAACAACCAGCGUCCGGGCAGCCAGUCUAGCACCGGUGGUGGUGGGCGGGAACUCUACGACCCGAACUACUCGUCCAAGCCCGGACUCCAGUUCGAGCGAAGAGGAGGGAGCUACAACAAUAACAACCACGAUGGCGGAGCACCGCUGUCGCGACGCUCGACCCCGCGGGAGGAGGACCAAGUCGUCCGUGCCCCUCGUGGCCCUGACGGAUCUGGAAGAGGUGGUUUUGGGUUUGCGAAGCGUGGGGCGAGAGGUGGCUGAAGGCCUCGUCUCGCCUAACACAAUGAAACAAAGAAAGAAAGAAAAGUCAACUACUAUGAGGAAUAUUGGUUACUUAAUUGUUUAAUUCUUAAUUUUUACCGGACUAGCCCGUGGAGGACCUAACUAGCUUAGCUACCUACGGUAGAUUUCGCCAGUAACAAGGGCUACCACCCGCCGCCGAUCUUGCCGGCUAGUUGCACCACCCUUUCCGUGGCGUUGCCGCCCGACGCCUUGUCCUUGCCGACGUCGCUCAUCACCUCCCGGUAGCUCGUGUACGCUAGUUUAUCUACCCCUAUGUCCGUUAUGGCCGCCCAGUGCGCCAGGAUAUCAAAAAUGUACGAAGGGGAAAUGCCACCUACUUCGUCACUCCGGCUCUUAUCUCCAUUCACAGCCCCGUUUUCUAGCCUCGCGGAGGUCUUGCCCCCCUCGGACUCUGAUAAGUCCGAUUCUGAGUCCUCGGCUGAGAAGUACGCCUCAUCCACCUGCGCAAGCCAUAGCUUCUGCUCCUGAGGCCCGGGUUUCGUUCCUGCCUCCGAAACCCUUCUCCUCUCCAGCACAAUGGGAUCGUCUACCUUGACCUGACCCCCGCCGUUUGUACAGCCUCCGGGACACGCCAUGACCUCAACAUAUGCGUACUCCAACCCGGCCGCUUUACUUCCCACUGCCUUGCGCGCAGCUCCU